GUGCGCAGUAAAUUGAGGCUUGUUGCUCCUUUUCCUGUCUUCUUUUUACUUCCGUCGCGGACUAACUGGGCGAGUCCUCGUUCGGAAGGCACAACGUACUGCUUGUUUCUGAGCCUAUAUCCCUAUAUGUGUUACGGGGAAAUUUUAGAAAGAGUGAUUUAGAGGAAAAAGUGAUUUUUAGAUAGAGAUGAGCAAACAUUUUCAAACUGAGGCCACUAUGGCGUGUAUGAAGUCCCUCCUUAUGAUAUUCAACUUGGCCUUCUGGGCUUCUGGCUUGGCAAUUUUGUGUGCAGGGAUUUGGAUGCAGGUUGAAUUGCAUAAAUAUUUGGAAUUGAAUGCAGACUUCUCGAAUACAGGGCCAUACGUACUUGUGGGGACGGGCACCCUUAUUCUUCUAAUUUCCUCCCUUGCGUGCUGCUGCACCGUCAAGGGACAACCGGGUCUUCUCUAUCUCUACGGAGGAUUCCUUGCUAUUGUCUUCAUCAUCGAACUCUCCCUGGCCAGCUCACUCUAUGCCUACAAAGACAAUCUCUCCGAUGGAUUUGAACGUGGACUCAAUCAGAGUAUGGCACGCUACGGGCAACCUGGAACAGCGGACAAGACAAUGGAUUUCGACGUUAUGCAAGCAAAGAUGCAAUGCUGUGGUAGUCACGGCUACGAAGACUGGAACAACCUCAUCCCAUCGAGCCCCGUGCCACGCUCAUGCUGUCGCAUUGCCGGCAAGCGAUGUGAUACACAGGAUGAAACACAAAUUUGGACCCAGGGAUGUUUCCACAAGGUUGUUGCCUUCCUUACAAUCAAUAUGAAAGUGAUCGGAGGUUCAGCCAUUGGGGUUACCCUAUUUCCCCUACUCGGUACUGUGCUGUCCUGCGUUCUGGCCGCUAAUAUAAACAAAACCAAAUACGAGCAGAUGGCCUAAAGUACGUGGGGGUGGAUUAAAAAAUGUCCAAGGACUGACGUCGAAUGGCCAAAAAAUCAGUUAAGUUUUUCAACAUGCGAGAACCAUUUAGAUUCUCCGCAUGCUAUUCAAAUAUUGAUAAAAUGAAUUUUUGCUCUGAAUUCAUCCUCUCAAUGUGAUAAAAUCUCAAGGAGCAAACACUUUUAGAAAUCACACAAAAACCAACUAAAAAAAACUAAAACCUUAUAGAUUUUUUUCAAAGUUUAAAGGAUAAAUUCUGAAUGUUUUAAAAAUUACUUCAGACAGUCUUACAAAUUUUUUGAAUAUUUUUGAAUAUUUUAAUGAAAAUCGCGAAUUUUUCUAAACUGGAAUUUUUCAAAGAAUUUCAGUAAAAUGUAAAGAAAAUUUUAAAUUAUACUUCCUGAUUACCACCGAUGGAGAAAAGCUGAAAACCGAGGAAGGAAAAUUAAAAAUUUAUUAUAAAUUGAAAUAUUGGAAAAUAAGCAGUUAAUCCGUUGCUAAAUCUAUAGGAAAAUCCCUUAUUCGAGGAAAUAAUCAAGUAACGCGGAAUUACGUAGAGAGAAUCAAAAGAAAAGAACAUAAAUUCGCCAAAGAAAAACUCCUAUUUUUCACCAGGGUUAAUGAGAAGAAUCUGCCAAAAAAUGCCCAAAAAUGUAAACAAUGACGUCACGAUUGUAUUUUUUUGUCUUUUAAUGCACAAAGCAUUCAUAUUAAUGCUUUGUCAAUUACAUGCAUGAAAGGGGAAGAAAUCACAAAGGUGACGUCAUUUUGUUUCAUUUUUAGCUGAAUAUUUGCACGUUUUUCCCAUACAGGAAUGAGUAAACUCCUUUAAGGAAUAAUUAUUUGCGAAAAAUGGAAUUGAAUCUCUUCUGUUUGCUCCUUGUGUAAAAAUCUUACUUUUCCUCUCGAGUCAAUGACAGAAUAUAAGAAAAAAAAAUUAAAAAUCAAACUUAAAAAAAAUAUCUUAGACUUACAUAAAUCAAUUUUAAGUGGAUGAAAAUUGCUGAAUCUCCAUGAAUUAUAUCAAUAUUUUGAAAUAUAUAUUGCAAAAGAAAUAAAUUAACAAUAUACUAUGACUUAAAAAAUUAUAUUUAAAGAUAUUUGACAAAAUUAUUACUUAUAAAAUGGAUGUCUGUAUGUCACGAUAUUGAAUGUUGCACCAAAUAAAUCUACUAAAAAAAAUA